CUGUAGAAUCUUCCACAUUCGCCCAGAAAUGCACCGGGGCGUCAUGGCUAUAGGGAUCCCUCGGCGGUGCGCCCUGCUGCUCCUGUCGCUGCUGCUCUGCUUGGCCCUGGAGAGCAGCUGCGCUUUGCACACCAAGGGCGCCCUUCCCCUGGACGCCAUCACCUUCUACAAGGUGAUCCCGAAGCACAAGUUCGUGCUGGUGAAAUUUGACACCCAGUAUCCUUACGGAGAGAAGCAGGAUGAGUUCAAAAAGGUGGCCGAAAGCUCAGAAUCCAGUGACGAUUUGUUGGUGGCCGAGGUGGGGAUAUCAGAUUAUGGCGACAAGCUGAACAUGGAACUGGGGGAGAAGUACAAGCUCGAUAAAGACGCUUACCCGGUUUUUUACCUGUUCCAAGAUGGCGACCUGGACAACCCUUUGCCUUAUCCUGGGCAGGUCAAAGCGAGCUCCCUGCAGCGCUGGCUGAAGAGCAGGGGGAUCUACAUGGGGAUGCCGGGGUGCCUGAAGGAGUUUGACACCUUGGCCAGCAAAUUUGUGGGCGCCACGAAAGAGACGGAGCGCCAGGCCCUCCUGGAAGAAGGGCGGAAGCUCCUGGCCAGGGCGAAGGAGACAGAGCAGAAGUCCUCGGAACAGUACGUCAAAGUCAUGAGCAAAAUCCUCGCCCAGGGGGACCAGUUUGCCGCCAGCGAAGUCUCCCGCAUCAGCAAGCUCAUUGAGGAGAAUAAGAUGAGCGAGGGCAAGAAGGAGGAACUCCAGAAGCGCUUGAACAUCCUUGCUUCCUUCCAGAAGAAGACCAAGGAGGAAAAGGAGGAACUUUGACAUGCUAGAAAUGGCGUGCUCUGUGAAAUCUUUGGUGGGCCGAGGUCCCGAUCUGGUGCUCCUUCAUGCAAGCAAAAAUGCCCCGCUCUCUUUCAAUGGAUUCCCCUCAUAGAGAAACUUCCCACAUACACAAACACACACACAUACCCUUUUUAACCUUUUAUUUUUAACAAAAGGCAUCCCUUAUGUGCUAUUCAGAACAGUACAGAGACUGCCACCGUUCCCUCAGCACUGUUGAGAGCAUUGCAGGUCGAAGAUCCGUUAAUCCUUUGUUUAAAAAGGCAAUAAUAAUAAUAAUAAUAAUCCUUCCUUUCCCCCCUUCCCUUUUCUCCUCAAAGGAAAAGGCUUCUCCUCACAAGUGUUGUCCAUGCCAGUCCAAGAUGGCUGCCCUCAGGACUUGGCGCAACUCCUCCUUCACUGGUGGGGGUUUUCAAAAUGGCUGCACUUGGAACAUGAUGCGACCUGUUGUCAUUGCUUGAAUUCUCAAGGUGCAGCCAGUCCUGGCCCCACCAGGCCUGUAAUGUUGUGGCCUGUGCCAGCUGGCCCACAACCAAAACAGAAGGCUUACUGAGUCAUUGGGUGGGGAAGAGUUGCCAGAUAUUCAUGGCGGGCUGCAGCCAGCGUGGUGAGCUCAAAAUGGCCACCCUCAGAAUGGUGCUUGGUAUUCUGGUGGGAAAUGGAAGAUGGCCGCCCUCCCUGUUUUUGUGUGAUCUGUGCUGAGGAAUUCAACCAUCCAAGCAAGCAGGGGGUGGAAUCGUGUGUGUGUGUGUGUGUGAGAGAGAGAGAGAGAGCCCAGGUUUGGCCAAGAUGGGGAGGCAGAAAUGGUGUCCGUCUCUUUACUGACCAGUAUUUGCAAAAAUAUUUUUUGGAGGGGAAUUACAUGGGUACUUAAUUUGCUAAUAAAGGUUAUUGGGCGGAAAAUUCAGAGUCGGGUUAUUAUUUCCCCCCCCCCUCUGUGUUGCCCUCUGUGCUGAGCCAAAGAAAAUAAUAAUAAUAAUAAUAAAAUAAUAAUAAUAAUAAUAGUAAUAAAUUUUAUUUAUACCCCGCCCUCCCCAGUCAAAACCGGGCUCAGGGCGGCUCACACCAAUAAAAUUACAAUAAAACAUAAAAAGCAAUUAAUUAAAAUACAGAUUAAAAUACAAUAUUAAAAUUUAAAAUUUAAGUUUAAAAUGCAGCCAGAUUUUAAGUAGUCCAUAAAUCCAAGCCAUGAGGGAGGAAAACACAGGGGUCAGACUAAGUCCAACCCAAAGGCCAGGCGCAACAGCUCUGUCCUGCAGGCCCUGCGGAAAGAUGACAAAUCCCGCAGGGCCUUGGUCUCCUGUGAAAGAGCGUUCCACCAAGUUGGUGCCAAUACUGAAAAGGCCCUGGCCCUAGUUAAGUCCAAUCUAGCCACUUUAUGGCUCGGGAUCUCCAGAAUAUUGUUGUUUGUGGACCUUAAGGUCCUCCGCGGGGCAUACCAGGAGAGGCGGCCCCGUAGGUACGAGGGUCCCAAGCCGCAUAGGGCUUUAAAGGUCAAAACCAGCACCUUAAACCUGAUCCUGUACUCCACCGGGAGCCAGUGCAGCUGGUAAAAGGGAUCUCUCAUUCAAUCUGAAGUCUUGCUCAGAUUAGUUUGCGAUUUGUGAGAACUGAUUGUGGGAGUUGGCACUUCAGUAUGAUUGACUUUCCUCCUUUUUGUUUUAAAUAAACUUUUAAGUGUUUGAGAACAAACUGCCCGAGGUGGGAAU